AUGUCGUUUUUUGGCUUUGACGUCUCCCUCCCCGGUGACAAGCGUGCCGGAGGAGGAGCAGGCGCAGGCGCAGGCGCAGGCGCAGGCGCAGGCGGCAGCAAUCGCAAUCGCAAUCGCAAUCGCAAUCGCAGCGCCGAUUACUCUUCGCAAAACGCAUUCGACCCUACUUUCGACAACGAAGAAUCCCUCGAUGCCAAGAUCAAAGCUCUCGCCGCUGGGGCUCAGGAAGAUGUAGAGAUCUACACUUGGGGCCAGGAAGGUUACGAUGGUCUCGGAGACAAGCUCGAUGAAUCGGGUGAUGAUUUGAACCAAGAUACUUUUGGCGAUGUUGAUGUGGGCAAGGACUUUGAUUUUGGUCAUCGCGCUUCUGCUCAGCAACAGCAGCAGUACUCUCAGCAGCAUGCGCCCAAGAGCAAGUUCGACCCGUCUAACAAGUUCGCUGCCAGUCUCGAUGAUUUCCUUGUCGAUCCUGUUCCUCGGUUUGGUGCUGGUCGUGGUGCUCAGCAGCAGCAGCAAGCUCCUCGUACUCAGCCAAAGACACUCGAGCAAGUGGAAGCAGAGAUGCUUGCUAUGCGUGGUAAGCAGCAACAACAGCCUCACGGUCCUCCUCCUACCGACCACAAGCCCAUGACAGUUGAAGAGGUCGAAGCUGAACUUCGUGCUCGACCUACAGCUGGUCCUGGCGCUGCUCCUCCCGGUCAGCAACCCAUGGGUCCACCUCCGCCCACCAUGGCUGCCAUCCUUCAAUCUCAACAGCGCACCGACUCCCGUGAUGGCCAGCAACAGCAGCAAUUCCCUUCUUCCGGCCCUCUCCCCGCCGGCAUCCCAUCCAUGCCUCCUCCACCAUCCGGUCCCAUCCCUCCCCCUCUCCCUCCCAACGCUGACCCUGCCGCCAUCCAAGCAGCCCAACAAGCCGCCAACGUCGCCCACUUGGCCCGCAUGCGUUCUCUCCUCGAAGCCAUGCCCCCUCUCGUCCAACAAUCCGUCCUCUCCCUCCCCCCUCCCAUGCAAUUCGAUUCUCUCGAAUCCGUCGCCGCCAACUUCCCCACCCUUCUCGACCCCUCCUCCCGCGAUCGUGCCCCUUCCGCCGAACAAGACGCGGUCCGAUUCAUGAUGGAAAAAGCUCAACACCAGAUGGCCGAAUUCGAACGUGUCGAAGCUAAACGCAAACGCAGGAUGGAGAAAAUCAACUCGAUGGCCAAAUACAACGGCCUUAUGAGUGGAAGCGACAAAGAUUUCAUCACUAGGAUUCAGAUUUCGCAGUUGAUCACUGCCGAUCCAUAUGCGGAUGAUUUCUAUGCGCAUAUCUACUUUGCGCUUCGUGGUGGUCCGAGGAGACCGGGCUUGGCUCCUCUCCCUCCCCCCACCGCCGCCGCCGCCGCCGCCGCUGCUGCUGCUUCUGCUGCUGCUGGUGGUGGUGGUGGUGCGGGAAACGGAAGUGGUAAAGGUGGAAAAGGGAAACAGAAGUUGAACAAGCAACAAAACGCAAUGCUUCGUAUGCAACAGCAAGUCGAACGAAUCGUACAGAGCCGUAAGGAGAGGAUGGAGAAGAGCGCUAGUGGUGCUGCGUUGGAAGGUGCUUUGGGAAGAGUUAGUCUCAGUUCAACAAAGAAUCCGAGACAGAUGUUGCAGAUUUCCGCGGAUGCUGCCAAAGCGAACAAGGAGAAGAAUGGAAGUGGUGCGAGUACUCCGGAUGCAGGACAUGCAAGGGAUGCGGUUAGACAGGCGUUGGAGGGAGCUAGUUUGGGUGGAAACGGUAAUGCGGAUCUUCGACGCGAUCCUCUUACUAAGCACGAGGUGUUGCGUAUUCUGGAGAAGCUGUACGAUUUGGUCUUGCAACUGGAACAAUUGAGGAGGAACACGCCACCUGCACCCCCCGCAGAGGUCGAUCCGCAAGACGAAACCGCAUCAGCCGCAAAAGAAGCUUACGACUUGCAUCAGCUCGAACAAGCUUCGAUCACCUCGACACUUUGGACCGAGUGGAGGGUGCUGGAGCCUUUGGAAAUUUCCGACCCUCACCCUUUCGUUUCGCUACUCUCCUCUGCUAAGGGUAAACGACUUCUUCCUCGCGCACUUCGACACUUAUCUUCCGAACAGACCCUCACCGCUCUAACCAUGGUUGUUGCAAGUUUCGAAUCUCUGGAUGUCGUCCGCGAUGGACCUCUACUCGACGACCUUUCCGACGACUCAAGCAAGAUCGAACGUCGUCGAGAUGCCGAACGACAAUCGGAAACAUUUGCAACGACGAUCGUGCCCUCUAUGAUGCAAAUGGCAUCCACCGCUCCCAUGCGUAUCGUUUCGGGCAUGCUAGCCCUGUUUGUGGAACGCAACGAUCCCGUUCGAGUCAGUCAAACGCGCCCUGGAGUUGCGUUCCUGACCAUCUUCCUUUCCCGUGCUGAAACUCUAAAACAAACGGGAGAAGUGGCCGCAGAGGAACUGGAACAGUUCCAACAGAUCUUCGCGCUGCUCUUCUCCCGACUUACUGCCCAGGGGAAACUUACUACGCUUUUCACAAGUACGAGAAGCAAACUGACACUUCCAUUCGGUGUUGCUUACUACAUGGGUAGCGGGUUGGGCCAACAAGUAAGUGCGCAGACGGUUGGUGGCAAAUAUAGGAAUGUCGAUUUGGAAGAUGAGCCUUGCUGGAACCUUAUGGCUGCACUUGCGGUGAGUUCUACGAUGGAACAGCAACAGGUUUUGGUGCAAGAGUUGAGGGAUAAGAUUUUGGAAAAUGUAAUCAGCGCCAAGCAGUCGCAGAAGCGUAGUGGUGCAAUGGCAUCAGCUCCAGGUGGCGUAGCCGAGCAAGUGGAUAUUAGGAUCAGAAAUGUCAAUCUCUUGUUGCAUGCUCUUAAUUUGGAUGCUGCCCAGAUCAGCGUUUGA